UCAGUAGUGUCAUAAGCAUUGUACUCCAAAAGGAAGUUUUAUCUCUAAGUAUCAAACUUGCAAAUUCUUCAAGGAUUUCCGGUUGUUCAUAAUGAGCUCUCAGGAUACUAAAUUGAAGCAAAAGAAGAGUGUCGAAUUAGACAAGAAGAGUAGUUUCGUCAAUUCAGGACCUGUGCACUUGACCACUGUUAACUGGAAAAAUGUGAAUCACCGGAGAAUUAUAGCUGCUAGUUUAGUUUCCGGUACCUAUGUUCUGGAGCUUGACCGUCAAGAAAAUCGGCAAGAUUCUGAAGCUCUUGCACCACAAUGGUGGGAAUUCUUCAAUUUUGAGCUGUUCUAUCCACUCAUCGAUACUCAUGAUUUCUCCAUCUUUGGUGCUGUGUACGAAUUCAAACCUAAGGAUUUUAACUACUGCCAGCCGGGAAUUAUCCCACAGUUUGUAAUUGCAUUUAGGGGAACCACGUUGAAGAAACAUUCUGUCUCACAGGAUCUGUGGUUAGACCUGAAUAUAAUUAAACAUGGACUUCACCAAUCAAAUCGCUAUGGAGUUGCACUGCAAGCUGUUCAAACCAUGGUCUCCGCAGUUGGAGCUAGUAAUGUAUGGAUGGCAGGACAUUCUUUGGGCUCUUCCAUCGCAAUGCUUGUUGGGAAAAAUAUGGCAAAAAUGGGAAACUAUCUGGAAACGUACCUCUUCAGUUCACCUUUCAUUAGGCCUCCAAUCGAAAAAAUCGAAAGUGAGAAAGUAAAAUGUGGGGUUCGUUUUGCUAGCAGCCUUGUGAAAGCAGGAAUUACAGUUGCCAUCAAGGGUAUGAAAGACAAUAGGGAUCCAGAAGAUCCGUUUAAGGCAUUAUCUGCUUGGGUGCCAAAGCUGUUUGUCAAUCCAGAUGAUCAUAUAUGCUCAGAGUAUAUUGGGUAUUUCGAACACCGUGACAGGAUGGAGUACUACGGAUUUUCCGGAAUUGAGACGUUGGCGACACAAACAUCCGUGACAGGAUUAUUAAAGAGUGCAAUUGGAAGAGAAUCAGAAGUAAUACACGUGGUUCCCUCGGCUAAUCUGACUAUUAAUCGAAGUCCAACUUGGGAAUUACCGACUUUCAUGCAAGCUCAUGGGCUGCAGCAAUGGCUUAAAGAGGAUUUGCGUUUGCAGUCUAAGGUCUACCAGUACGGACUAUGAUUUGAUCAACUGUAACAACAUUCUUGAUUGUGAACAAAAAAGUUCCAUUGGUGUUUUCUUUUUAAGCUAUGUUGGGUUGUGGUAAUUUGUAAUCUCCAGUCAGUACUAGAAUUGCUCGGAGUUGUGUUACUGUUUAGUAAAUAUUGUAAUCAGGGACGGACCCAGGAUUCUCCUUUGGGUAGUGAUGGAUUGUAACAGUCGAUAAUGCGGUCGAAGGUCGCGGCCAUUUUUUUU